GGUGGGGUCAGUGGGGUGGGUGUUCCGCCACCCCAGUUGCCCGAAACUCAACUUCAACGACACCGCAUAAGAGGCCCUCAUCCCCCGCGCCCCGCCAUCGUCGACUUCACAGCCAGCCAAACACGAUGCCAGCGCACUUCGCACUCCGCGCGGCGACACGCGCACGCCGAAACGCUCUGCGGCCAUUGCAGCAGGUGCGUGCAAACUCAAACCCGGCGAAUGGAAAGAUUCCCGAUCGCACGUUCCGCGGACAACUCUACGACUCGACCGCGAGGAGAGUACAGGAGGAGAAGGCGAGAACCGAGACCAGACUGCUCGCUGGGAAAGUCCAGGGUGCUCGGGCGACGGGCGCAAGUAGUUCUACGCUGGCGGGAUUGUUCGGUAUGGUCUGCAUCGCUGGCGCAUUCUACUACCUCGGCAGCGCCUCGGCGGUUGCACCACCGACAUCAUCGACCUCUCCGCUAUCAACACUCACCAAGCCCUCGCACAACACGAGCAAAUCCAAUCUCGAAGCGUCAUGGGCCGACUUUGUCACACUGCUGGGGGCGGAGCACGUCACCACAUCCGCCGAAGAGCUCGAGCGGCACUCGGGCAGCGACUGGAGUUCGUUCCACAACACGGGCUACACGCCAUUCCUGAUCCUGUAUCCGUCGACGACGGAAGAAGUCAGUGGCAUCGCCAAGAUCUGCCACGGGCGGCGGAUCCCGAUGACGGCAUACUCAGGCGGGACAUCGCUCGAGGGGCAUUUUGCGCCUACGAGGGGCGGCGUGUGCAUCGACUUCCGACGGAUGGACAAGGUCCUCACGCUGCAUAAGGCGGACUUGGACGUGGUUGUGCAGCCGGCGGUGGGCUGGGAGCAGCUGAACGAGGACCUGCUGCAGGACGGCCUCUUCUUCCCGCCCGACCCCGGCCCAGGCGCCAUGAUCGGCGGAAUGGUCGGAACCGGGUGCUCGGGCACCAACGCGGCGCGCUACGGCACCAUGCGCGAGUGGGUCAUUGCGCUCACCGUCGUCCUCGCCGACGGCACAAUUAUCAAGACCCGCCAGCGGCCGCGGAAGUCCUCCGCCGGCUACGAUCUCACCCGGAUGUUUAUCGGCUCCGAGGGCACGCUCGGACUAGUGACCGAAGCCACACUCAAGCUCGCCGUCAAGCCGCAAUCCGAAUCCGUCGCCGUCGCCUCCUUCCCCUCUAUUAAAGCCGCCGCCGAGACGGUAGCACAAGUGAUGGCGACCGGCGUGCCCCUCGCCGCCAUCGAGCUCCUCGACGACGUCCAGAUGCACUGCAUCAACGAGUCGGGCACCACGUCGCGCAACUGGAAAGAGGCGCCGACACUCUUCCUCAAGUUCACAGGCACGCCGUCGGGCGUCAAGGAGCAGAUCCAGCAGGUCAAGGCCAUGGCGGCAAAGCACGGCUCCAAAUCGUUCGAGUUCGCAAACAACCAGGUGGAAGCGCAUGAGCUGUGGAGCGCACGGAAGGAAGCGCUCUGGAGCGUUAUGGCAAUGAAGCGCAACGAUGGAGAUAAGGUGUGGACCACCGACGUCGCUGUGCCCCUCAGUUACCUGCCGCAGAUCAUCGAAGAGACCAAGAAGGACAUUACGGAUUCUGGCCUGCUGGGCUCGAUUGUCGGCCACGUGGGCGACGGGAACUUCCACGCCAUCCUGCUGUUUGGGAAGCACGAGACUGAGGUGGCGGAGGGCGUUGUGCACCGGAUGGUGAAGCGCGCGAUCGAGAUGGAGGGGACGGUGACGGGCGAGCACGGCGUGGGGCUGAUCAAGCGGGAUUACCUCCCCGAGGAGCUGGGCGUGGAGGCGGUCGAUGCCAUGAGACGUCUCAAAUUGGCGUUCGAUCCGCUGUGCCUGCUGAAUUGCGAUAAGGUUGUCAGGGUCGAGAAGAGGAAGGCGGAUGAGAAGACACAUGUAUAGAGAGAGCGGUCGUGUAUGAUAUCUGGGUUUUUGCGUUUAGAUAUCGGUCCUGCGAUAGAAUAUAAACCUCGAGGAUGGAACAAUGAUGUUUGCCG